AAUAUUUAUUUGGUUAUGAAAAAAAAAGUUGCUAGUUAUGUAUUCUGUUUUCUAGGUAACUUCCCGUGUUCAGUAUGUGGUAAAGUAUUCUGCCAUUCAUCAUCGUUAAGUCGGCAUCGGAUGCAGGCACAUUUUAAGAGUUAUACGUGUACGCAAUGCAAUCAAGAAAUUUCUAGCAAUGAGACUCUUCGAUCUCAUAUGUUCCGUGUUCAUUCCAUUUCCCGCAUGUUUAUGUGUCGUUGUUGCAAUUGGGCAUUUCCCGAUAAAACCAGUUUACACAUUCACAUGCAAAGUAUGAUAAAAAGCGGAACUCCAGGAGACGUAUCUGUACUUGCAAGAAGUUCUACUGAAGGCCCCGGCAUGGCAGGAGCUGUUGGUGAAAUGUCUCCUCACGAGUUAGAUGUCAGUCCUUCGUCAAGUCCACAAGAAGGUCGUGACAGUUUAUCACCAAUGAACGAAACUCCUGUCAAAAUACCUCCAUUUAAUAACAGCUUACUAAAUGGCUCAAUAUUUCCAGCUCUUGCGAACGCUGACUUCUUUACCAAACUUCGAGCAAAGUCUGAUGCGUUACUUCCUCAAGCUGGUUCCGAAGCGGGUGCUCUUUUGGCUCAGUGGUUGGCAAAUAAUCCGUAUGCAAGUCAAUUUGCCGGCCAAUUUCAUGCAGCACAGAUGAUGUAUGCUGCUACAAACGGUGAUUCUCUGAACCUGCAGAAUGAAUCUUCAGACCGACAGUCAUUUGGUGGACUUAAAAUGGAUAUUUCUGAUAUAAAGAAAGAGGACGAUAUAAAUGGAUCAUUUAAUAUUAGCAAUGUUACAGAGAAUAAUGGCACUGCGCAGAACAGUAUCACUGAUGUAAAUAAACUUCUGGGUUUUAUUCAAGAAACGAAGCCGUCGUCUGCAGGAAGUUCUUUAGACAAGUUACUGGAAAAGAAGGUAGCACAAAGUAGUCGAAAUAAAAGAAAAGCGAGUAAACCGCAGCAGCUUCCAAGUUUUUUGAAGGUUGCAUCAGAAGACGAUGGAGAGAGAGAAUUUAUGGGAACUCCUCCAAAGGUUAGCGCAGAAAAUGGUUUGGAGAAAACUGAGGAUCACGUGUGCCCAUCCGGUGAACAGCCAUCUCCUGCUGUUUCAGACUCUCAUACCAGUGGAAGCAGUUCCGCUCCUAGCGGUUUAGAUGUUUCCAGCCCGCAGAAGUGUUACGACUGCCAGAUGAUGAAAGCAAAGUUAGGGAUGUCAGAAUCGAGGAUACAGUACCUAGAAUCGAAAGUGAAUGGUUACGAAGCAAAAGUAAAUCGGCUGGAAAAUCAUAUAACAGAAGCGCAGUCAACUAUACAGCAGUAUGAAAAGGAUCAGGCUGAUUUGAGAAAUCGAGUUGAGAAUUUUGAGAAGAAAUUCCUUGAAUGUCAGGAACAUGUUGUCUCCUUGAUGGGAUCUUUGCGAGAUGGACCUGAAUCUUUUCCAACAGUUAUGGGUAUGAUGGAAACUUUAUUGAAAUGUACGAUGUUCCGGAAUGAGGAACAGUCGUAA